AUGUUUAUCCGCAAGAUCUCAAGACUACUCAACGCCAAACUUUUGAUCUUCUUCCCUCCGUGGCACAGAAACGAACUCCUUCAAUUGGCGCUCAGUUUUUGGGUUUUUGCCCUAAUGCCGCGCCACCGGCGUUACUCCUUCCAUGACGGAGGAGUAACAAUCGAAGAAUUUGAGGUACCUGAUGAAGACGAAUACGAAUCUGAGGACCCGAACGCAGAAGUCGACGACACCGAAGAUGAAGAAGACGAGGACGAGGACGAAGACGAAGAGGAGGGGGAAGAAGACGAACCUCAGUCCAGGGUAAACAUCAAUGUUGCAGACUCACAUAGGGUUUCACAGAACGAGAGUGAAGAGAAAGAGAAGCAGAUAAUGUCACAAGGAGUUUGCUCGACUUCAGGAUCGCAGGAGGAUGUGGGAUUGAAACCCGGCGAGACUGAGGGAUCUUCCUGUUUGAUUUGUAUGGAAGUUUGGACCGACGGCGGCGAACACCAAAUCUGCUGUCUUCCUUGUGGACACUUGUAUGGAUUUUCCUGCAUCAAGAAGUGGUUACAGCAGCGGCGAAGUUCAGGAAAGUGUCCCCAAUGCAAUAAGACUUGUAGCCUGAAAGAUGUCCGGAAGAUUUUUGCAUCAAGGAUUGCUGCAGUAGAUGACGAAUCACACAAGAGAAUCGUAUUCCUGGAGGCCAAAUUAAUUUCAGUCGAACAGAAGACUGCAGGUUGGAGUAACAAAGAAGCUCAAUGGAGAAAACUGGAAGCAGAAUUACGAUCAGAAGUUAAGACGCUGAAAAAGAAGAUAGCUUAUAUGGAAAGCACGUGUAAGGAUGCACAGAGAGAGUCUAAUGUGGCUUCGCAAGUGCAAUAUGUACCUGGUCAUAAGAUCUACCAAGAACACCAUGGACAGGCACCUUCUUGCAGCUUCACGCAUCAGGGACUAGUGCAAAUUAAUGGCGGCCGUAUAUUUGACAUAGAUGGUGGUAGACAGAUUAUACUAUUGGCCCGUAGGCUCACAGGUGUAGGUGGAUCAUUUGUUCUUACGCAAGUGAGCCUGAAUUCUGGUGAGAUUGACGAUAUUCUGCUACCUCCAACAACUAGAGCAAUUAAAGAUCUUCACCUUUCCCCUCACAAUAAUGGGCUUGCACUCUUUGGUUCUUUAGGAAAGAAGUUAUCUGUUUUAAGCUUGGAGAGCCACAACACUGUCUUAUCUUAUGGUUUACCGGCUGCAGCUUGGUCUUGUUCUUGGGAUCGCAACAGCUCUCACCAUAUUUAUGCUGGACUACAGAACGGAAUGGUUUUAGUGUUUGACAUGCGUCAGACCACGGGACCUUUCGCAUCGUUGGCUGGCUUAACAAGCAAUCCAGUUCAUACUAUCCAUCAUCUCUCUGCCAAUUCCACUCCAACUGCUGAUGUACGUUCCCUCUUGUCCGCUUCUUCCAUCGGGCUUUGUGAGUGGAACAUUAAUGGCAGCGAGGGAAGGCCAUCAUUGGUUUCUGGAACAGGAAACCCAGGAGUUUGCAUUUCCUCUUCGUACUGUCCUCGCAGCGAUCAUGUAGUUGCUUCUUAUAGACCGAGAGUUGGAUCUUCUGAUGAAACAGUCCCGAGUCAGUCUUCGUCGACUCAAACAGGAGCUAAUAAUAACAGUAGCAGUGUAGAUGGAUUCCAUGUUUGUCUCAAGAGAAGAGGUGUUGAUUCUCAUUAUCAGAAACUUUCGUCCACACGUGGUUGGGUAGAUACCAUCCGUUUGCCAAGAACAGCGAUUAUAGACUUUGGUGAGGAAAGGAAGCAGCUUUUUGCAUCUUGUGACGAGUCCACUCGCGAGCUCAUCUUGCAAGAUCCUUCGUCUUUCACCGUCUCUCAAAGGUUCCCAUUAGGAAGUCAUCAUCCGCUUCAAGACGUGAAAUACGCUCGCACGAAUGGAACCGGUCUGCUCGAAAAAGGAAUUUGGCUUCGGAAUUGGGUUACUUCUGGAAUUUUCUCGUCAAGGCUCUCUCUUUCAGUCCCCACCCGUCAUCGAUUCUGCUCAUCAAAGCUUCCAGAAAAACUGAAGGUUUCCUGUCUUGUUGCAAGGUGUUUGAAAGGUGAUCGUUUGUGCAUUCAGUUGACAAUGGAAGAAGCUAAUCAUGAUUCUGCUAAUGUUUCAAGUGAUCCGAGCAAUGAUAUAAAGGAAUCAAAUGAGAAGAUCUUUGUGAACCAUGCUGAGAUUGCAUGGCAAGAGAUGAGGAAGAAGUGGGUUGGAGAUCCGUCCCAAAGAACUUCAGAGAUACCUAUGGAACCUGUCAUAGGCUUCAACGCUACUUAUGAAGACUUGCUUCUGCCCAACACUCCUUUUCCCAAGCCCAUCCCUCUAGCUGAAAUGGUGGAUUUUCUGGUCGAUCAUUGGCAUGGGGAUGGUCUGUUCGAGUAG